AUGGACGUGGACGUGGACGUGGACAUGGACGUGGACGUGGACGUGGACGUGGACGUGGACGUGGACGUGGACGUGGACAUGGACGUGGACGUGGACGUGGACAUGGACGUGGACGUGGACGUGGACGUGGACAUGGACGUGGACGUGGACGUGGACAUGGACGUGGACGUGGACGUGGACGUGGACGUGGACGUGGACGUGGACGUGGACGUGGACGUGGACGUGGACGUGGACGUGGACGUGGACGUGGACGUGGACAUGGACGUGGACGUGGACGUGGACAUGGACAUGGACGUGGACGUGGACGUGGACGUGGACGUGGACGUGGACGUGGACGUGGACGUGGACGUGGACAUGGACGUGGACGUGGACGUGGACGUUGACGUGGACGUGGACGUGGACAUGGACGUGGACGUGGACGUGGACGUGGACGUGGACGUGGACGUGGACGUGGACGUGGACGUGGACGUGGACGUGGACGUGGACAUGGACGUGGACGUGGACGUGGACAUGGACGUGGACGUGGACGUGGACAUGGACGUGGACGUGGACGUGGACGUGGACGUGGACGUGGACAUGGACGUGGACGUGGACGUGGACGUGACGUGGACGUGGACGUGGACGUGGACAUGGACGUGGACGUGGACGUGGACAUGGACGUGGACGUGGACGUGGACGUGGACGUGGACGUGGACGUGGACAUGGACGUGGACGUGGACGUGGACGUGGACAUGGACGUGGACGUGGACGUGGACGUGGACGUGGACGUGGACAUGGACGUUGGGACGUGGACGUGGACAUGGACAUGGACGUGGACGUGGACGUGGACGUGGACGUGGACGUGGACGUGGACGUGGACGUGGACGUGGACGUGGACAUGGACGUGGACGUGGACAUGGACGUGGACAUGGACGUGGACGUGGACGUGGACGUGGACGUGGACGUGGACGUGGACGUGGACAUGGACGUGGACGUGGACGUGGACGUGGACGUGGACAUGGACGUGGACGUGGACGUGGACAUGGACGUGGACGUGGACGUGGACGUGGACAUGGACGUGGACGUGGACGUGGACGUGGACGUGGACGUGGACGUGGACGUGGACGUGGACAUGGACGUGGACGUGGACGUGGACGUGGACGUGGACGUGGACGUGGACGUGGACGUGGACAUGGACGUGGACGUGGACGUGGACGUGGACGUGGACGUGGACGUGGACGUGGACGUGGACGUGGACGUGGACAUGGACGUGGACGUGGACGUGGACGUGGACAUGGACGUGGACGUGGACGUGGACGUGGACGUGGACAUGGACGUGGACGUGGACGUGGACGUGGACGUGGACGUGGACGUGGACAUGGACGUGGACGUGGACGUGGACGUGGACGUGGACAUGGACGUGGACGUGGACGUGGACGUGGACUGGACGUGGACGUGGACGUGGACAUGGACGUGGACGUGGACGUGGACGUGGACGUGGACAUGGACGUGGACGUGGACGUGGACGUGGACGUGGACAUGGACGUGGACGUGGACGUGGACGUGGACAUGGACGUGGACGUGGACGUGGACGUGGACGUGGACGUGGACGUGGACAUGGACGUGGACGUGGACGUGGACGUGGACAUGUCGUGGACGUGGACGUGGACAUGGACAUGGACGUGGACGUGGACGUGGACAUGGACGUGGACGUGGACGUGGACAUGGACGUGGACGUGGACGUGGACGUGGACACGUGGACGUGGACGUGGACGUGGACGUGGACGUGGACGUGGACGUGGACGUGGACGUGGACGUGGACAUGGACAUGGACGUGACGUGGACGUGGACGUGGACUGGACGUGGACGUGGACGUGGACGUGGACGUGGACGUGGACGUGGACGUGGACAUGGACGUGGACGUGGACGUGGACAUGGACGUGGACGUGGACGUGGACGUGGACAUGGACGUGGACGUGGACGUGGACGUGGAUGGACGUGGACGUGGACAUGGACGUGGACGUGAACGUGGACAUGGACGUGGACGUGGACGUGGAAUGGUCGGGACGUGGACGUGGACGUGGACGUGGACGUGGACUGGACGUGGACAUGGACGUGGACGUGGACGUGGACGUGGACGUGGACGUGGACGUGGACGUGGACGUGGACGUGGACGUGGACGUGGACGUGGACGUGGACGUGGACGUGGACGUGGACAUGGACGUGGACAUGGACGUGGACGUGGACGUGGACGUGGACGUGGACAUGGACGUGGACGUGGACGUGGACGUGGACAUGGACAUGGACGUGGACGUGGACGUGGACCUGAACGUGGGUGACAUGGACGUGGACGUGGACGUGGACGUGGACGUGGACGUGGACGUGGACAUGGACGUGGACGUGGACGUGGACGUGGACGUGGACGUGGACGUGGACGUGGACGUGGACGUGGACGUGGACGUGGACGUGGACAUGGACGUGGACGUGGACGUGGACAUGGACGUGGACGUGGACGUGGACAUGGACGUGGACGUGGACUGGACGUGGACGUGGACAUGGACGUGGACGUGGACAUGGACGUGGACGUGGACGUGGACGUGA